UCCCCCCUAAACCCUGAAAACCCCUUUUCUGUUCUUCUCCUUUCAAGUCUGCAGUGUGCAGUGCAAACUAACCCUCGCCUUCUCGCUUACAUGUUUGCAGAUUCAGAUUGAGUUUUGCAAUGAGAGCCUUCAAAGCCCUGAGAGUAUUGAGCGUAUCAGCAUCAACCCAACCCCACGUACCCCGUUUCAAUUUAUCCGUUUUCUAUCGAUUUUACUCUGCCCAACCUCAACAAGCCGACCACUCCUCAGCCUCCGCGCUCCCUUCUUCAUCGUCUUCCAAAGAAGAAGAUUUUUCAUCUCCAGAUGUUUUCGACAGCUCGGAAUACGCAUUAGCUUCGGAUCUAACAGGUAAUUCAGAGACCAAUACCAGCGGUCUGCCCACUUGGGAUGACAAGUACAGGGAUGAAGUUAGGAGGAGGGUGUUUGGGGAAGAUAUUCCCCAGGCCAGUAGCUCGAGAGUUUUCGUGAAGGAAGAGGAGAAAAGGAGGAGAGCUGCUGCCCUCGCCAAGAGCCUUCUUGAGGUUGCUAUUGGGAGGAGUGAGAAUGAAGGUCUGGUGCAGAAGGAUGGGAAGUUGGUGAAGGAGGAGGAUCAGAAAUCUCUGUCUAUUGGGAUUAUCGGAGCUCCGAAUGCUGGAAAAUCUUCUCUCACCAAUUCCAUGGUUGGGACCAAAGUUGCUGCUGUCUCACGCAAGAUGAAUACUACGACAGAUGAAGUGUUAGGAGUGCUGACUAAAGGAAACACACAAAUUUGUUUCUUUGAUACUCCAGGAUUGAUGUUAAAGAAAAACGGCUUCCCCUAUAGAGACAUGAAAGUGCGUGUUCAGAGUGCAUGGAGUUCUGUUAGUCUUUAUGAUGUACUCCUUGUCAUAUUUGAUGUUCAUAGACACCUUACCAACCCUGAUUCAAGAGUAGUGAAAUUGAUUGAACGGAUGGGUUCUGAAGUUGACAAAAACCAGAAACGUGUCUUGUGUAUGAAUAAAGUUGACUUGGUUAAGAAAAAAAAAGAUUUAUUGAAGGUUACCGAGGAAUUCAAACAUCUUCAUGGAUAUGACAGGCAUUUUAUGAUAUCCGGGCUAAAGGGAGCAGGGGUGAAAGAUUUAACACAAUACUUGAUGGAACAGGCAGUUGAAAGGCCCUGGGAUGAAAUACCAUUUGUCUUUAGUGAAGAAACUAUGAAGAACAUAUCAAUGGAAAUUGUCAGGGAAAAGUUGCUAGAUAAUGUGCAUCAGGAAGUUCCAUAUGGCAUUGAACAUCGCUUAAUUGAUUGGAAAGAAUUACGAGAUGGUUCUCUCAGAAUUGAGCAGCAUUUAAUCACACCCAAGAUAAGCCAACGCAAGAUUCUUGUGGGAAAGAAGGGUUCUAAAAUUGGGAAGAUCGGCAUUGAUGCAAAUGAGGAGUUGAGAUCAAUAUUCAAGAGGAACGUCCAUCUAAUCCUCAUGGUGAGAGUUAAACAAUGAGAUUGGCUUAUUAUGCAGCGGCUCAAAGGUAAACAUGUUGCAACUCACCAAUGUGGUUGUGCAUACAACAGAAGCUGCUUCUAGCACAUUACAUCAAAAACAGGGUUUUGGAGCGGAAAGAAGUAAAAUAUAUUGACACAUUACACAUUCAUACCUUUGGGGGUUACUAUAAGUUGAUCAGCUUAGCAGCUAAGCUUGUACUCAUAGCAUGUAGCUCUUUAGUGUUUUCAGUUAAUUUAAAAAUGCCUCUUUUUUUUCUGCUUCUAUUUUGGGGGUGGGGAUGUAAAGGGAAAUUUGGGGAUAUGAGGAAUUAAUAGAAGGGUUGGCAUCAAGAUGGAUGAUAAUGGAACUAUGCUGCUUUCACGGGUUUAGCUCACUGAUUCAGUAGCAGUAUUUGGGAGAAGAUAGUGGAACUAUGCUUCAUCCCUUCCAUUGUAAAAGUUGAUUUUCCUAUUUAGUGCAAUAGUCUUAUUGGUGGUCAA